AUGUAUGUUUAUAAGAGAGACGGCCGUAAAGAGCCAGUUCGUUUUGAUAAAAUCACCGCCAGAGUGCAGAGAUUAUGUUAUGGUUUAGAUACUGAACAUGUUGAUGCUGUUGCCAUUACUCAAAGAGUGAUUUCUGGGGUUUAUCAAGGGGUUAACACUAUUGAAUUGGAUAACUUGGCAGCUGAAACCGCUGCUUAUAUGACUACCAUUCAUCCAGACUAUGCCAUUUUAGCUGCUAGAAUUGCUGUUUCUAAUUUACAUAAACAAACCACCAAACAAUUUUCUCAAGUUUCAAAAGAAUUAUACGAAUACGUAAAUCCUAAAACCGGAUUACAUUCUCCAAUGAUUUCAAAAGAAAGUUACGAUAUUGUUCAAAAAUACUCCAACGAGUUGAAUUCUGCCAUUGUUUUCGACCGUGAUUUCAAUUAUAAUUAUUUUGGUUUCAAAACUUUAGAAAGAUCUUAUUUAUUAAGAAUUAAUGGUAAAGUUGCUGAAAGACCUCAACAUUUAAUCAUGAGAGUUGCCGUUGGUAUUCACGGUGAUGACAUUGAAAGAGUUAUCGAAACUUAUAAUAUGAUGUCCUUAAGAUAUUUCACUCAUGGUUCUCCAACUUUAUUUAAUGCCGGUACCCCAAGCCCUCAAAUGUCUUCUUGUUUCUUGGUUGCUAUGAAAGAAGAUUCUAUCGAUGGUAUUUAUGAUACUUUGAAAACUUGUGCUUUAAUCUCUAAAUCUGCUGGUGGUAUUGGUUUACAUAUUCACAAUAUUCGUUCUACUGGUGCUUAUAUCGCCGGUACUAAUGGUACUUCCAAUGGUAUUAUUCCAAUGGUUCGUGUUUUCAAUAACACUGCUCGUUACGUUGAUCAAGGUGGUAACAAAAGACCUGGUGCUUUUGCUUUAUAUUUAGAACCUUGGCAUGCCGAUAUUUUUGAUUUUAUCGAAAUUAGAAAAAAUCAUGGUAAAGAAGAAAUUAGAGCUAGAGAUUUAUUCCCUGCUUUAUGGAUUCCUGAUUUAUUCAUGAAAAGAGUUGAACAAAAUAAAGAUUGGACUUUAUUCUCUCCAAAUGAAGCUCCUGGCUUAGCUGAUGUUUAUGGUGAUGAAUACGUUGAAUUAUAUGAAAGAUAUGAACGUGAAGGUCGUGGUAGACAAACUGUUAAAGCUCAAAAAUUAUGGUAUCAUAUCUUAGAAGCUCAAACCGAAACUGGUACUCCAUUCAUGUUAUAUAAAGAUGCUUGUAAUGAAAAAACUAAUCAAAAGAAUUUAGGUAUCAUUAAGUCUUCUAACUUAUGUUGUGAAAUUGUUGAAUAUUCUUCUCCUGAAGAAGUUUCCGUUUGUAAUUUGGCUUCUAUUGCUUUACCUUCUUUUGUUGAAAAAGACAAUAAUAGUGUUUGGUAUAAUUUUGAAAAAUUACAUGAAGUUACUAAAGUUGUUACUCGCAACUUGAAUAGAAUUAUUGACCGUAAUUAUUAUCCAGUUCCUGAAGCCAGAAGAUCUAAUAUGAGAAAUAGACCAAUCGCCCUUGGUGUUCAAGGUUUAGCUGAUGCUUUUAUGGCUUUAAGAUUACCUUUUGAUUCUCAACUUGCUAAAGAAUUAAAUAUUCAAAUUUUCGAAACUAUUUAUCAUGCUGCUGUUGAAUCUUCAAUUGAAUUAGCUGAAUUAGAAGGUCCUUAUGAAACUUAUCAAGGCUCUCCAGCUUCUAAAGGUUUAUUACAAUUUGAUUUAUGGAAUAGAAAACCAUCUGAAUUAUGGGAUUGGGACACUUUGAAACAAAAAUUGGCUAAACACGGUUUAAGAAAUUCUUUACUUGUUGCUCCUAUGCCAACUGCUUCCACUUCUCAAAUUUUAGGUAACAAUGAAUGUUUCGAACCAUAUACUUCUAAUAUCUAUUCUAGAAGAGUUUUAGCCGGUGAAUUCCAAAUUGUUAACCCAUACUUAUUAAGAGAUUUAGUUGAUUUAGGUAUUUGGAAUGAUGCCAUGAAAAAUAAUAUUAUUGCCAAUAACGGUUCUGUUCAAUCUUUACCAAAUGUUCCAGAUCAAAUUAAAGCUUUAUAUAAAACUGUUUGGGAAAUUUCUCAAAAACAUAUCAUUGAUAUGGCUGCUGAUAGAGCUGCAUUCAUUGAUCAAUCUCAAUCCUUAAAUAUCCAUAUUAAAGAUCCAACAAUGGGUAAAUUGACCUCUAUGCACUUCUAUGGUUGGAAGAAAGGUUUGAAGACUGGUAUGUACUACUUAAGAACUCAAGCUGCCGCUGCUGCCAUUCAAUUCACCGUUGAUAAAGACUCUGUUGUUGCCGCUGGUAAAGUUGAAGCAUCUUUGGAAAAACUUAAUCAAAGAAAAUACAUUCCAAGAGUUCAUGCUUCCGGUAGCGAUAAUGAGUCUUUUUCAAAUAGAUCUGGUUCAACUGAACCAACCUCUUUAGAAAACUCAAUUGCUGACUUAAAAAUUAACGACACUAAAGAAAGCACUCCAGCUGUUGAAUCAACCCCAGCUCCAGUUGCUGCCGCUCCUACUGAAGAGAAAGAAAAACCAGCCGAAGGUGAUUCAGGUGAAAGUGAAUCUGAUAUCUUCAGUUCUAAGGUUAUUGCUUGUGCAAUUGAUAACCCAGAAUCAUGUACCAUGUGUUCUGGUUAA